GUCAACGCAGCAUUUUGUGGCGCCCUAAAGACUUCACCAGCGGGGGGCGAACCGCAAUAUUCCAACUUGCCCUUAGCUAAACUCUGCGUUUUCUUUUUAUCACGAAAAAUAAGAAAAUGUCGCAAUAUUACGAACUCUACAGACGUAGCAGCAUAGGAAUUUCAUUAACAGAUGCUUUGGAUGAUUUGAUUUCCCAAGGGAAAAUAUCCCCACAACUGGCUAUGAAAGUCCUCUUCAACUUUGAUAAAAGCAUGACAGAAGCUUUAGCUGAAAAAGUACGGGCUCGUUUGACAUUCAAGGGACAUCUCGAUACAUACCGGUUUUGUGACGAAGUUUGGACAUUUAUAAUUAAAAAUCCAAAUUUCCGUUUCGAUAACGAAACUGUGACUAGCAAUAAGAUUCGGAUCGUUGCCUGUGCAACACGUGAUUCUGCAGGAAAUCGUUAAUAAGUUAAGAAUAUAAAAAUGGACAGUUUCACGAUUUUACUUUGUCAUGAACUGUCUUGCGCUUGUUAUGAUUUUUCGGUAUUGGAAACGAAAUUAUUGAUAUUGAUAGAAUAACGAUUUACAAGUUUUUCUUGUCCUUUCGUUCAAUCGUGUCUUUCUAGCUGCACUGUUUUGAACCUUUGAUGCCUUUUGGAUAACUCAUUUUGAGAUUUUUCUUUUCGUUUUUUUUUCUUUCAUGCUUACAUGAUGACCAAUGGCUUGUUAUAACCUUAGAAUUCCCUUUCUUGACAUUGUAAUCUUUUAAUUUCUACAUUUCCUCUGCACUGCCUUACAUUAUUUUCUUUAAUAUUUUCGAUGCACCUGUGGAUAUAUUGUCGCUGAAGUUCAUAAUGGUUUAUCCUUCCUAUUAUGUAAGUUAGGGGCACUUAAUUUAGAUACGAUCUUUCUCUUCGCGUAAGUUUUCCUCAGGACUUUUGGUAUCUUAUCCCGUACUAAGCUUUUCAUAUGAUUUGUAUUAUAAUUGAUUGAAUAUAUGAAAAUGUUGUUCGAACGUUCAAUUGUCCGUGCUUCAUUCAUUUUUAAUGUAUAUGCUACUUUUUCUUUCCGGUAGUUCAUUAUUAUGCGUUUAGUUCGUUAUAAUAGUUAUUAGAGUAUAAGCACA